AAACGAGAACAACAUUUGGAUCCAACAAAAGCGAUCCGCAACAGCAAGACUUCAGCAGGAUUUUAGCGCGCUCAGUUUUACCAGAGAUUUAGAACAACCGAGUCGAGUGGAUUUAACUUCAUGAGCGUACAUUCUUUACCCCUACUUCCAGAAAGUGUUGUGCCUAUUAAAACUAGAUCUACUACCGUUUCUUCAUGCUACACCAAUCGGUAAGAGUUGUGAUUCCCUGCAAUACGACGAGGUUGAAAACCUCAGAACAUGAAGUCCAAGGGCCUUGUAUCCGAGGGCAAGGAGUUAAACGAUGGAGAGGAAAGUGGCUUCGGGAGCAGCAGUGAUUCUGACUCAGAUUGCACUGACGACAAUAAUUUCAGCUAUUCGAACAUUCACACCACAAGAAAUGAUGACUCCAUGACAAAAACUCCAGAUGGCGUGACAACUCCAGAUGGCGUGGCAAGUCCAGAUGGCGCGACAACUCCAGAUGGCGUGGUAACUUCAGACAGCGUUGCAACUCCAGAUGGCGUGGUGACUUCAGACAGCGUGGCAACUCCAGAUAGCGACGCCAAACCAAGGAGUCAGAAAGGGGACCCCGGGGAAACUGAGCCAAACACAUCUGGGUCAGUGUUGACAAGUCCAGAGAUGGCAUCUGGACCCUCAGAAAUGGUCGAAACCUCGCUGAGACCGAUGUCUCCACUUUUCGGAGGCCCUCAACCCGUGAUACUGAAGAGGCGAUCCACAACGAACACGUCUGACCCCCCUCGAAUCAAAGUUAGCAAGCAGCUUCACCUCAGUUCAUCAUCGUCACCAUUAUCAGAAUCGUCAUCGGAUUCGUCGUCGUCGUCAUCGUCACCACCAUCAUCAACAUCAGCGCCAACAUCAGGACUAACAUCAGAACCAGCACCAGUACAAACAGUAAUAGCAUCAGCAACAACAACAGCAACAACAACAGCAACAGCAACAGCAACAGAAACAGCAACAGAAACAGCAACAGCAACAGAAACAGAAACAGCAGCAGCACCAACAACAGCAUCAGCGCCAGAACAACCAUCAUCAACGUCUGCACUUUUCAGUGGCCCUCAACCAGGAACACUGAAGAGGCGCUCUACGGCAAGCGCGUCAAAAUCCCCUCGAAUUAAAGUUAGUAGACAACGUCAUCUAAGUUCAUCAUCGUCAUCAGAAUCAUCAGAAUCAUCGCCACCACCUUCAGCAACAGCACCAGAACAACCAUCAUCAACAGCAAAGUCGUCAUCAUUACCGGACGAAAUCAAUGAUGUGGCGGCUGACCUUAGACCAUCACAGCUGAUAUCCCCGCUGCCAAGUACGCCGUCACCACCACCACCACAAGCAUCAUCAUCACCAACAUCAUCAUCACCACCAUCACCAACAUCGCCACCACAACCAUCGCUACCAGAGCGCGACACCCACAGCUCAAGCCCCGGGACCACAUCAUCAUCUACGCCAGAACAGCCCUCGCCAACAGAAUCCUCGCCACCACAACCUUCAUCAGUAUCACCACCACCAACUUCACCACAACAACCGUCACUACCAGAAAGUGACGCUCAGAGCUCAAGCCCCGAGGCCGCACCAUCAACUUCAACAGAAGAACCCUCACCAGAACAAACCGCACAAACAUCAGAAUCGUCAAACUCGCCACCACGACCACCAACACCACGACUGCGGCUACCAGAAAGUGACGCUCAGAGCUUAAGCCCCGAUGUCUCACCGUACCCUUCACCAGAACAACCCACACAAACAUCAGAACCAUCGAACUCGCCACCCCCACCACGGACACCACGACCGUGGCUACCAGAAAGUGACGCUGACAGCUCAAACUCCGAGUCUGCAUCGUCAAGUUCACCAGCACCACACUCGCCAGAACAAACUACACAAACAUCAACACCACCGAUUUCGCCACCAGCACCACCGACACCACGACCGUGGAUACCAGAGAGUGACACCGAGAGCUCAAGCCCUGAGUCUGCACCAUCAACUUCACCAGCACCACCACCUGCACAUACACCAGCACCAGAGCAAACACCAGCAUCAGCACUACCAUCAUCAACAGCUACGUCGUCACCAUCACCACCAUGGCCACCACAAUCAUCGUUAUCUGAAAGUGACGCCGAGAGCUCACGCCCCGAUAGCUCAAACCCCGAGACCACACCAUCAGAUUCACCAGCAACAGAACCAACAUCAGCCCAAGCAUCACCAUCAGCCUCAGAAUCUGCAUCAGGAUCAGGAUCAGCAAAACUGCCAGCACAACAUGCAGAACAAUUAAAAACGUUAAAUUUGACAUCAACACCAGACGUGCUGAUGUCUCGACUCUCACAACAACAGACGUUAUCCCAAAGGACACCUACGCUGUCACCAACGUCUUCAUGGGUACAAUCAUCAUUACCCUCAUCAUCAGGACCAUCACCACGAUCAUCACCACGAUCAUCAUCCCGAUCACCACUGCAACAAUCGCCACGAUCAUCUCUACAAUCAUCAGGGCCAUCACCUCGGUCACCACGAUCAUCACCUCGCUCAUCACCACGCCAAUCACCACGCCAAUCACCACGCCAAUCUCCACGACAAUCACCACGCCAAUCUCCACGACAAUCACUACGAUCACCACAACAAUCGCAACAAUCACCACGAUCAUCACCACGACUAUCGCCAAGACAAUCACCACGACAAUCACCACGACAAUCACCACGACAAUCACUACAAUCAUCACCACGAUCAUCACUACGCCAAUCACUACAAUCACCACAACAGUCACCACGAUCGUCACCACGCCUAUCACCACGCCAAUCACCACGCCAAUUACCACGCCAAUCAUCACGCCAAUCACCACGCCAAUCACCACGCCAAUCACCACGCCAAUCACCACGCCAAUCACCACGACAAUCACUACGACAAUCACUACGACCACCACAACAAUCGCAACAAUCACCAGGAUCAUCACCACGACUAUCGCCAAGACAAUCACCACGACCAUCACCACGACAAUCACUACGAUCAUCACCACGAAAAUCACCGCGACCAUCACCACGACAAUCACUACGAUCAUCACCGCGACAAUCACCGCAACAAUCACGACAAUCACUACGAUCAUCACCGCGACAAUCACCGCGACAAUCACCACGACAAUCACUACGAUCAUCACCGCGACAAUCACCACGAUCAUCACCACAACAAUUAUCAAGGCCAUCACCGCGACAAUCACCCCGACAAUCACCCCGACAAUCACCCCGACAAUCACCUCGACAAUCACCGCGACAAUCACCGCGACAAUCACAACGACCAUUACCACGAUCACCGCCAAGCCAACCAUCGCAACCAGAAAGUGCUGCCCAGAACUUGAGCCCCGAGGACACACCAUCGACAUCACCACGUUAUCAGGGUCCGCCGCGAUCACCAACGGGUUCACGGAUUACGUUCACGUCAUCACCCUCGUCGACGGCAUCGUCAUCGUCACCGCAUCCCGAUUCGUCAUCACCACCAGCAACACUAUCAUCACCACCAACAUCAGCAUCACCACCACCAGCAACAUCAGGACUAACAUCAGCGUCAGCACCAGCAUCAGAUCGGCCAUCAUCAACGGCAACGUUGUCCUUUUUACCGUACGAUAUCAACAAGUUAAUGGCUGACCUCAGACCCCCACAGCUGAUAUCCCCGCUGAGGAGUACGCCAUCACCACCACCACCAUCACCCCCACCACCGUCGUCAUCACCACCACAACCAUCAUCACCACCACCACAGCCAUCGCUUCCAGGGCCUGACUCUCAGGGCUCAAACCACGAGGCCCCAUCAUCAUCUUCACCAGAACAACUCUCGCCAGCACAACUCCCACCAAUUUCAGCACCACAAACUUCACCACCACCACCCCAUCCACCAUCAUCAUCACCACCACAACCAUCGCUUCCACGGCUUGACUCUCAGGGCUUAAGCCUCGAGGACCCAUCAUCAUCUUCACCAGAACAACCCUCGCCAGCCCAACUCCCACAAAUUUCAGCACCACAAACUUCACCACCAUAUGCAUUGCCACAACCACCACCCCUACAAGGGCAUGACUCCCAGAAUUCAAGCCCCGAGGCCACACCAUCAACCUCAACAGCACCAGUACCGCCAGCACAACCCCCACCAACAUCAGCACCACCAACUUCACCAGGACCAACUUCUCCCCCACGACGAGAGGACGAACCCAUGAGCACAAGCGACGAGGAGACACUAUCAUUACUAUCAGUUCCUACACCACAGAUAUCGUUAAUUUUACCCCCUGCCUCACCACCCAAAUCACCACAACCAGCACCACAAGAAAAUGAUUUCUGGAAGACAGUCAUGGCGAAACCGUCAUCACCACCAUCAAAUAAUAAUAAUAAUAAUAAUAAUAAUAAUAAUAAUAAUAAUGUCCAUGACAUUGAUAAUGAUGAUGAUGAUGAUGAUGGUUGUGGCGGUGCCGGUGGAAAUGGAGAUAGCAAAGGAAAUGACGAUGGAAACGGAGACGGAGACGGUGAUAAAGAUGGACAUAAAUGUGGACAUAAAGAGGGAUAUAAAGAUUUAUAUAUCGAUGGACAUAUCGAUGGAGAUGAAGAUAGUGAUGGAGAUGGAGACGGAGAUGAAGACGGAGAUGAAGAUGGGGAUGGAGAUGGAAAUGGUGAUGCAGAAGACAAUGGCGAUGGCAAAGGGGAUAGAGAUGGUGAUGCAGAUGAAGAUGAAAGAGGAGGAAAAGAUGGCGAUACAGAUGGAGAUAAAGGUGGAGAUGGUGAUAGAGAUGGAGAUGGAGCGGAUGAUGGAGAGAAAGGUGGAGAUGGUGAUAGAGAUGGAGAUGGAGGGGAUGAUGGAGAGAAAGGUGGAGAUGGCGAUGGAAAUGAUUAUAUAGAUAGUGAUGGAGAUAAAGAUGGAGGUGAUAAUGGAGAGAACGAAUCAGAAGACGACGGCAAUGGUGAUAGAGAUGGAGAUGAAAAUGGAGGCAAAGAUGGCGAUAAAGAUGGGGAUAAAGGUGGAGAUGGUGAUAGAGAUGAAAAUGGAGGUGAUGAUGGAGCGAAAGAUGGAGAUGGAGUUGGAGAUCGUGAUAGAGAUGGACAUGAAGGAAACGAUGGAGAAAGAGAUGGAAAUAAAGAUGGAGACCAAAAAGGCAAAGGAGAUGGACAUGGAGAUAAAGAUGAGAAUGAAGAUGGCAAUGAUGGCUAUGGUGGUGACAAUAGAAAGCCGAUAACAAAAUCAAAAUCCUCGCAAAAACUACCCAAAAAGCGUACUUUCCCCGGCAAACAACCGCAAGGAACACAUCGCAAUAAUUCAGAAGACACGACGACGCUCAGUCGUAAACGAGUUCGGGCGCCACGACGACCCUACAUAUCACCCGUCCGACGCAGUCCCAGAGAGAAGAAAGAGAAACAGAAACAACCCCUUCAGCGCACUCCGAUCCCACCGAAGGCUGAACUAUUUCCCGAAAAGAAGCGAAAUAACGCAUUCAACCUCGAAAUAGAGUCGUUGAGACAGCAAGUGGAGUAUAUGCGAGAGAUACGCAGACAGCAAAAAGAAAUAACGCUGAAGAAACGAUGGGCAAAGGGAUCGACAGAUGUAGCCAAGGCAGGAAAAGUCACAGAGGAAUCAAAGCUUACAGAGGAAUCAAAGCUUACAGAGGCAUCAAAGCUUACAGAGGAAUCGAAUAUUACGGAGGAAUCAAAGGUUACAGAGACAGCAAAGGUUACAGAGGAAUCGAAGAUUACGGAGGAAUCAAAGGUUACAGAGACAGCAAAGGUUACAGAGGCUGGAAAAGUUACAGAGGAAUCGAAGAUUACGGAGGAAUCAAAGGUUACAGAGACAUCAAAGGUCAGAGAGGCUGGAAAAGUUACAGACACAUCAAAGGUUACAGAGGCAGCAAAGGAAGAAAAGGCAGAAAAAAUUGCACCGGCAACAAAGGAAAAAUCAAAUAUAACAGAGGAAUCGAAGAUUUCAGAGGAAUCGAAGGUAAUAGACGAUUCGAAGGUUACAGAGCCAGCAAAAGUUACAGAAACAGCAGAGUCAGCACAUGAAGCAAAGACAGUAAAAAUUGCAAGGGCUGCAAAGGCAACACAGACAGUAAAGAAAGCGACAGACCACGGAAAGGCUGGCAAAUCUCUAAAAGCAAAGUCCACACCAGGCACAGGAUCAUCAGAACGAUCACAUCACUCCCUGGGCCCUCGAUUUAAACAACGGGCUCCGCAUCCCUACAAAGACACAAAACAUCCAGGACACCUGGUGAAACAAAAACAGUUAGGACGUCACGUGGUUCAACAACAGCCCGGACAUCAAGUGAAACAAAAACAGUUUGCACGCAACGUUGCACAAAAGCAGCAGCAGCCUGGACAUUGCGUAGUAAAACAGCUGUCUGAACAGCAGGUGAAACAACAGCCUGCACAUCACGUGGUAAAACUGCUGCCUGAACAUCGUGUAGAAAAACAGCUGUCUGAACAGCCCGCAAAACAACAGCAACAACAACAGUCUACACGCCACGUGGUGCAACAACAGCUGCCUGGACAUCACGUUGUACAAGAGCUGCCUGGACAUUGCGUAGUAAAACAGCUGUCUGAACAGCAAGUAAAACAACAGCCUGCGCAUCACGUUGUACAAAAGCAGCAGCCUGAACAUUGCGUAGUAAAACAGCUGUCUGUACAGCAGGUGAAACAACAACAGCCUACACGUCACGUGGUACAACAACAGCUUCCUGGACGUCACGUGGCACAACAGCUGCCUGGAUAUCGUGUAGUAAAAAAGCAGCCUGUGCAUCACAUGAAACACCAACAGCAGUCUAUAAAUCAGGUAAAACAGCAAGAGCCUGUUCGUCAAACGGUACAAAAACAGCCUGGACAUUACGUGAAACAACAACAACAGCUUGGACACCACGUAGUAAAACAGCAACAACAGCCUAGAUAUCUCGUGGUAAAACAGCAACAACAGCCUAGAUAUCUCGUGGUAAAACUGCAACAACAGCCUGGACAUCAGGUGAUACAGCAACAACAGCCUGGACAUCAUGUGAUACAGCAACAACAGCCUGGACAUCAGGUGAUACAGCAACAACAGCCUGGACAUCAGGUGAUACAGCAACAACAGCCUGGACAUCAGGUGAUACAGCAACACCAGCCUGGACAUCAGGUGAUACAGCAACAACAGCCUGGACAUCAAGUGAUACAGCAACAGCCUGCACGCCACGUGGUACAAAAACAGCCUGCACGCCACGUGGUACAAAAACAGCCUGCACGCCACGUGGUACAAAAACAGCCUGCACGCCACGUGGUACAAAAACAGCCUGGACACCACGUUGAGCAACAGCAGUAUGGACAUUACGCAGAACAACAACACCCGGAUGUGGGUCACACAGACAAACGCCCUGUUGAAGGCAAGGUAGAGAACUUAUUGGAUGCUCCGAAAACUCAAGAUGAAACCGCGACGACGGUUUCAACUUUCGAACUGUUUCUUCCGAACGACUUCGAUGAAGUAAUGAAAAAGGUGCGUGAAGAAGAGAAUAACUCUAAAACUCAAGGCGGUGAGCAGCCCACAGGUGUCCUUUCCCCGGCUGACGUGUACAGCAAUAUAAGUGCCACAGUCGGGCUGCCCAAAGUCACUCGCGCCAGCGUUAUCAACACAUCCACUACCGCAGGCAUUUCUGAAGGCACCACUGUGAACAUGGCGCAAGGUGCAGGUGUUCAGAGACACUUCAACAGUCCUCGGAUCGGGGAUGUUGGCAGCCACACAGGGCAGAGCAACGGCAACACCACCGUGGGCGCUUUGAACGAAAAAAGAACCCACAUAUACCAUUACAAGGGCAGUACUAGCACAAGCGAACGAGCGGCUUCUAACAUGUCACGAAGCUACACUAGUGGAGUCUCCCCUUAUAAUCCUGCCUGCAGACAUUCGAACGUAAAUCAUCUUCCCCGUGCAAUACAAAGCCCAUCAGUUCCAAACGCCAGCCCGAUGAGAAAUUUUUUCACAAAAAAGAGGACCACUGCGAGUGCUACUAUUGGCAGUCAAGCCGCCAGUUCACUUUCAACACAAGGAAGCGUUUCCCCUAACAACACCGCCACGGCGGACCCUCCCAGUACGUACAACUACAGUCCCAACCCUGUUCAGAGCAGGGGAGACCUCUGGCCAGGUCAACAACAAGCAGCUCCCCAUGUCGCUCAACAAAGCUACCAACAGGGUCAGCAGGGGGCACAUCCCAGCAACUGUCAAGUCCAAGGUAGCUUCAACAUCGCCGAUCAUGUGGUCUCCUCUGCCCCCAUCCCCGACGAUUACCAACCUAUUGUCUCUUUGAACUUAGACGAAUGCAGUAUCGUAGAUGCAACGAACGCCUACGCCCUCUGUCCUUAUUUUAAAUGAGAAGGUGGAGGCAACAUGGUGCGCAAGUGCAAGCUCCCGCCAGCGCCCUCUAUGGUAACAUCCUCUCUAUCAACGGCAACACACACUUGCAUUUGACGAUCAGGGCUAUCACGAAGGGAACCCUAAAAGCAUGAGUCAUGACCAUGUGACGUCGACAAGGAUGGCUCAAACUUUUCAGGACGCGAGCGUCAAUUU